AUGACUAAGUACGUUGUUUUAGGUCUGGGGGUGAUCGGCUACUACACCGUGUUCUCGCUCCUCGAGCGCCAGGUGCCUGGCUCCGACAUCACCAUCGUCGCCGAAUUUUGGCCGGGCGAUGAAUACGUCGAGUACGCUCUGCCCUACGCUGGGGCCAACUUCUCGUGCAUCACUGAUGACGACGACAAGACGAUGUUCUACGACCAAUACACCUACGAAAACCUCGCCAAGAUCCAGCAAAAGUUGGGCGGGGCCGAGGCGUCAGGAUUGGACCGCUACAUGCUGACUGAGUUCUGGGACCGGAUGCCGUCGGAAAAGAAGAAAGCCGGCUACAGAACCUACUUGCAGAACUAUGAAGAAUUGACUGAACUUGCCCCCGGUACUGAGUACGGUAUCAAGUUUUUGUCGUGGAACUUCAACACCGUCAAGUUUUUGAAGGCGUCGAAGGCGUACUUUGAAAAGCAAGGGGUGACCAUGAAGCGGGCCAAGUUGUCUCACGUGUGCCAGGCAUUUGGCGCCGACACCAAGGUGGUGUUCAACUGUACUGGGUUGGGCGCUAAGCACUUGGGUGGGGUCAAUGACCUCGCCUGUUACCCGACUCGUGGUCAAAUUUGCAUCGUUAAGGCUCCUCAUAUCAAGGACAACACCAUGAGAUGGGGUGAUGACUACUGCACCUACAUUAUCAAGCGUCCUUUCUCAAAUGACCAAUUGGUGUUGGGUGGGUUCAUGCAAAAGGACUGGCACACCAUGGCCACCUACCAGGACCAGACCGAAGACAUCUGGAAGCGGACCACCACCUUGAACCCGAAGAUUUUGUCGGCUAACCCUCACGGCACUUCGUUCGAAGACUUGGAAGUGGUGAGAGUGGUUCUGGGCUUGAGACCGUCGCGUCACGGUGGUGUUCGUAUCGAAAAGGAACAUGUGGAAAACGGCAAGUACGUUGUCCACAACUACGGCGCCUCGGGCUACGGUUACCAGGCCGGGCUUGGCAUGGCCGUGGAGGGGGUCAACUUGGCGUUGGCUAAAGACUCUAAAUUGUAA